GCUGCUCCCCUUUCGGAGAGCCACCCCCGCCGGCCAAAAUGGUACGACCCUGGACCCGAGCAAGGUCACGCCGUACCAGUACAAUGCACGCUCCACAAACCGGCGAGCAUCGCGUCGCUUGGCCAACGCUGGCCCCUUGGUAGUCGGUGGCGGCGCGGAGCGCCGCGUUUGCCUGCUGCCUCGAUGCUGCAGGGCGCCCGCGGCUUGCUGCGUGCGUGAAGAAGGCGUUUCGACUGGUUGACGCACCGAGCCUGUAGGAAAGCAGUGGUACACAAGAGUGUUCGUCGUCGUGGCGGCGCAGUGUUUAUGAAACGAUGUUGACUCUAAGCCUAACUGGCGAGCGGACUACACGGAGGCGGCAUGUUUCGCGUCUGCUCGUUCGCGAUCGGCGUGCGUGCCAGCUGGAAUACCCGUGUUGACUGAGCGGCACUGCAUCGUACCACAAAACGGCGGUGGUAGAACGUUUUUCCGCGUUCCUCGUUACAGCUACCGAGAGCGUCUUCGCCACGUGUAUUUUUUUCCCCCGACGCGUCAUCGCGCCCUGACUGAGAUGCCGUCCGUCGCAGGUGAUCGGGCUGCGUCGAGAAAACUGCGUAUACCUCUGCUUCGCGAGAGAAGGCCUAGGAACUGAUGAUGCACAAUCAUGGACUCUUGAACGUUACUUGAUUUCAUUAGUGUAGUGCGUUUUGACUCUCGCUCACCACCAGCCAAGCCCACCAAUGAAGUCGAUGUUCGGACAAAGCAUGCCCGGCGGUCCGCCGGCAGACCCGUUUUAUUCAUCGCCGUUUUCGUCCUAUUUCAGACGACACACGCCGUACUUCGGGCAACCGGACUACAGAAUCUACGAGAUGAACAAGCGGUUGCAACAAAGAACGGAAGAGCAGGAGAGCGACAACUUGUGGUGGGACGCUUUUGCAACAGAGUUCUUCGAGGAUGAUGCCACCUUGACGCUCACAUUCUGCUUGGAGGAUGGGCCAAAGCGUUACACCAUUGGGCGGACCCUGAUUCCUCGUUACUUCCGGAGCAUAUUCGAAGGAGGCGUCACGGAUCUUUACUUCAACCUGAAACACCCCAAAGAGUCAUUUCACAACACCACUAUAACGCUGGACUGUGACCAGUGCACCAUGGUAACACAUCAUGGGAAAUCUCCUUAUAGCAAGGGGCUUGGUGGGCAGUACCCAACAGAUCCUUUAAAGGAGCAACUUGCCAAAGACAAUGCUGUCAUUGUUUGCACGGAGGGUCGCCUCAUCCUUGAAUUCACUUUUGAUGAUCUGAUGCGCAUCAAGUCUUGGCACUUUGCAACUCGCACACAUAGAGAGCUGGUUCCACGAAGUCUAAUUGCCAUCCAGGUGAGAUAUGCGGCUCAACAGCAAGACCCAGGCAUGUUAGAACAGCUGUCCAAGAACAUCACGAGACAAGGCCUGACAAAUUCUACGCUGAAUUAUUUGAGGCUUUGUGUCAUCUUGGAGCCAAUGCAAGAGCUAAUGUCACGGCACAAGGCCUAUGCCCUAAGCCCCCGAGACUGCCUCAAGACCACACUCUUCCAGAAGUGGCAACGAAUGGUUGCUCCACCAGAAACCCAACGGCCUCCAAGCAAACGCCGAAAGAGGAAAUCAUCUGCAGCCAAUAACGCCGGUGGUGCAAGCAAUGCUGGUUCUGGUGGCAAGAAAAAGAAUAUGUCGCCUGGACCUCCAAACUUUUCGCUUGCAUCACAGGAUGUAAUGGUAGUUGGGGAGCCUUCCUUAAUGGGAGGAGAGUUUGGAGAUGAAGAUGAGCGCGUCAUCACCCGGUUGGAGAACACCCAGUACGAUGCUUCAGCAGCGGCUGCUAACGGCCUUGAAGAGGGUGACGAGUUUGGUGGCGGCCCUCUGGCACCGCCGCCCGGUUGGCAGGGCCCACCGCCUGGGCCACCCCCCGAGCGCAAUCCUUCGGCUCCGCCUCCGGGCCCACCGCCACCUCCUGAGGACAAAAAGACAUCUCCAAGCAUCAGCCAAUAGGCGCACCAAGCGUGUGUGAAUGUUGGGCCAUUUGGGUGGAUGGUUCCACCUCCAUUUAGAAGUGGUGAAGAAUGGCAGGCUUGUGCCCAUAACCAUCAUCUCUUGCUAUAGCAGUGUUGCCCUUCACCCCACCCCCCCUCUUUUUUUUAAAUCUUCAGUACACUGGCCUGGUCGUUGUUGCCAGUGACAGAAAUGUCUGGAUGCAAAUGUGAAACCCAGACCUGCCAGGUGGCCGAGUAAGAGGGCAAAACUGAAUUCUGGUACAUAGUAUGUUUGCACCCUUCCCGGUCUCCAGCGAUCAGCUCAGUGAACAUGGGGAGCAGCCUCAAAUCGCUCUGGCUUCUCUAGGUCAAUUUAAGCAUCAUUUUCUUUUCAGGUAUGCGUGGUGCUGUCUCAUUGUCGUGUGCUUUCAGAACUCCGGGAGGGGAUGGGAGGGACAUGGGGAGAGGGGCAGUUUACAGAUGAAUGUUUUAAGACUUAAACGUGUGCAAGGACUUCAAGGCCCAUGGCAUCAUUUUGAGCUUUUUUUAGCGGAUGAGUGUGAAGACACCUGCAAUUGUGGUUGCACUGAAGGGAGCUGGCCAUUUUGGUGUUUCUAGAUUGUGCAAUAAGUGGCAGAUUAUUUGCAAAAGUUGCUCCUUUCUAAGUUAUUCUUGGCAUGUUUUAUAGGGAUCUGUUGUGCUUUUUAUGUCUUUAAGGUCCUGUGGUAUACGGCACACCAAUUUGUUUAUAAUGGAACAUUAUGCUUUGGACCAGUUUUAUCUCUGUCGUGCACCUUGUGCUUUCACUUAGUGUCUCAACUAGGCAUUUUGCACCAUUUGUGUUUAGUGACAACGAAGUUAUAUAGAGCUGUACAAAGGGGUGAUUCGACGUAACAUUAGUUCAUUGUACGUUUGUAUGCUGAACUGAUGUAGGAGCCAGGCCAUUGUUCUGUGUUUUUUUAACUGUGCAUGAUAUAUUUUAAGGUAUUUUAUGUACAUGGCCAAGAACGCACAAGAUUUGUCUUUCGACGAAGUGUUAUUUUUUCCGUGGUGUUUAGUUAGUUUGCUUUAUGCAGUUGCAGAUUUUAAAAGUACAUGCACGAAGCGCACAUGAAAUGCACAGCAUGCAGUGGUAGCACACCCUCUACAGUGUGUUUUUGUUUCCCCAUCUCCAUGCUGUUUUUGAAGUUUAGGGGCAUGUAUUAUUUAAGAGUAUUGUUUCUGGGAUCUAAGUUGAAGCUACAAGUGGCCCUUUUCGCUCUGUAGAGGCAAGCCUUUUUCUGUUGGAAGACAUGGCUGUGGCAGAGGAGUUAUAUGCCUGCUAGUUGCUGUAAUAUCGGCUACAUAAUACACAGGAAGAUGUUCGGCGUAUAAAUAUUUCAGUUCAGAUGAGCCAGUCUGUUAUACACAGAUUUUCAUGGACUCAUUAACCAUUUUUAUCUGUAGCAAUUAUAUUUUACAGAGAAGAAUAAAUACAGCAAAGAGGUUUUACCUUUGUUACAUCACCAUACCCAAUUUCGGCUCCUUGUGCACUUUGUAGGCCAGUGGACUUUGUGUUUGUUGCUCACAGUGGUCCAACGAUUCAUUAUUUGCACCACUUUCAUUGUACACUGACCAUUUCUAUGAUCAUACAAGUUGAAUGAUAGCUCGGUGGGGGCUCCUGGAUGUAGUCAAAAUAGGGCAUACUAACAGAGUAGCUUUACAUUGUGAAUCAUAUGUUUCAUUUUCCCAAAUAAGACAUGAGCUUGCAUUCACAUCGACAGCAAAGGUUGGAAGUGCUUGGAAUUAUGUAGAAAGUGGUGAACAUAGGACCUUUGGGCCUGAUUGUGAUGGCAGACCACGUCUUGCAAUGUAGUACACCCUGUACAAAAAUAUGCAUUACAGUCAUCUACAACUGA